AUGCCUACGAAAAGAGUCCGUCAGAAUGAGCGGCGUAGAUGCGUCAAGGCUUGCGGCAAUUGCAAGCGGCGCAAGGAACGCUGCGAUGGUCAACAACCCUGUCGGAGUCAUCAUCCUCAUCAUCGGCGCGCCUCGUCGUCAAUCAGCCACCUCUCACAGAGCACUGCGGUACCACAGGUAUCGCGACUCAUCGCAGAUGGCAAGGGCCGAUUCAUGUUCAUUGGCGAUGCCGCCAAUCUGGCCUUCUUGAAAGUGAUACGUCGGCUGGUACGCGACCGCGUCGGCCUGUGUCCCUUUACUGAUGACCCCCUGCGCCAUAUCAUGGUCGAGGCGACUCCUGAAGGUCGCCCGAAAUGGAUCAUCACGAACCCCGCCGAUAUCCCCUCCCAACCCAGCACUGAGCAAGCAAGAUAUCUGCUGCGGUGGUACCUCCGUGCAACGAACUGUAUUCUCGACGUCUUUAAUGAGACUGAGAUCCUCGAGGACCUCGAACACUGGCUGCGUGGCGAGCCGACGAGUCAAGAUGAAGAGGCCAUGAACUGCAUCUUCUUUCUGAUAUUCGGCGUCGGAGCACAGCGAUGUCCGGAUGAUCGGGAUGCCGAUGCUGAGAAAUAUUUCAACUACGGUCGAUUCCUAGCAGUGUCGUAUGCUAUGGAGAACCCGACGAACAACACUGUGCGCAGUUACAUACUCAUCACCGUCUACCUCCUCGGCGCAUCGCGGCGCAACUCAGCCUUUAUGCACCUAGGCGUCGCUGUCCGGGCUGCCUACGCGCUGGGAAUUCACCGGCGAGACGUCCCAGCCCUAUUCUCGACACAAGAGCAAGACACCCGGGAUCGACUGUGGAAGGCCCUCCGGGUUCUAGACCUGUUCUUGGCCGCCUCGUUAGGGCGACCAUUGGCGACAUCCGAGACCCGAGACACAUCAGCGAGCGAGAACUACUCUGCUUCACUGGACCUCUGCGCCAUCUUCGAGUCAAUCCUGAACGACGUCUACGCCAAGCGCAUGGUAUCUACAGAAACGCUGGAGCGUAUCAGCGAACAGCACCGUCGAUGGGCCGCGAGGUUCAGUGACGGUCUCGCAGCUGACGGAAUGAAGCCCAGCAAGUAUGUUGACGCUGACGACGGUGAGAAGUACCCAAAUAUCGGGCUUUACCACAUGAAAGAAGCAUACUACUGGAGCAUCAUGCUUUUAUCGCGGCCUUUCCUCAUCGACUUUGUUUCGAGAAACAUUGCCCGCUCCCGGGCGACAUCGAUGUGGUCCGAAGAAACGCCCUUAUCUUCACCAUCUGACCAACUCUUGGUCCAUGCUUGCGUGGACUCUGCGAUACGGACCAUUGACCUCCUAUCAACUCUAAUUCCGGACAAAAACGUCGCCAAACGACACCCCUUUGUCAUCAACUCCGUAUUCGUCUCCGCCUUAGUCCUUGGCCUGGCCGUCUUUGGCGACCUGGACAGCACGUUCCCCUUGGACCACGGCUUAAACGAUGCGCAAGCGCUGUUGAAGAAGUUCAGCAAGCAUGAUCCUGUUGCCAGCAGAGAGCUCGCCAUCGUCGAGCAUCUCCAGAGUGCUUGUGUCUUGUAUCGAGAGCGGAGGGCGCGUCGGAAAAUGGAUUGUCAGGGGAUGCUGAUCGGCGAGCUGUUCGGAAGUGUCCACGAGGGCGGACCGCUGUCAACGGAAGCAUCUAAGCUCGGCUCAAAUGCCAUGCACCGAGAUAUUCGCCACUUUGGCAACCAUCGACAUUUGAGCACAUCAGAAGCCGGGGAGAUCAACAGCCUCGACCAGAGCGUCUCACUGACGACGGGGAGCACCGAUGGGCCGCAGAUGUUGGGUAGCGAGACUGGCCGAGGAACAAAUGUGAUCCAGGCACUGACUCCGUCGACUGACAUUCUGCUCCCAAUGUCGCCGAGGACGCUACUAUUUGAUUCUUAUGGGCAAGAUAUGCCUUUCUUCCCUACUAUGGAUGCAAGCAUGGCUCACUUGGGCUACACGGAUGAGAUGUUGCUUGCUGAUACGGGGGCUUUAAUGGAACCGCCGUGUUAG